GGAUCGACUGAUUUUUUCUCUUUCUUUCUUCCUCAGCCACACGUUUCUGCUCUUCUUCUUCUCCCCUACAGCCGAACAAGAAGCCCUAAGCCAUCGACAACACCCACCCACUUGAGAACCGAAAAAUUUCAGAUUUGCUUUGUUCCUUUCCCCUCCGUCCGUUGCUCUUGGCUGUGUGGGUGUGAAUUUUUCAGGUUUUUGGUAAGGAAACAGCCACUAAUUCCUCUUUUCUCCCUUGAUUUGGCUUGGGUUUACUCUAAUUUCUUUUGGUUUCUCCUAAUUUCUGGUAGAUCCCCUAAAUUCUCUUUCAAUUUUUGUCGGCUUCCCCAACUCGCUAGCUCCGAUUUUUGCUUGCUGAAUUUUCUUGUAUGUGACAGCUCCCUCUAAGUCCAAAAUUACCCAUUAGCUGCUGAAUUUAUCCAGUAAUUGCCACCCCUGCGCUGUUCGAAUUUCUGCUAAAAUAGAGGAUGCAUUCCGGUAGCAAUUAGAACAAAAUUUAAGCUUAAUUCAUGUAGAAUUUAUGUGAUUGGGUAUUAAUUGGCUGCUGUGAGGUUCUAGAGAAAAAUCCCGUGAAUUAGCUAUUGUUUUGCCAAAGCCAGUUCCUCCAUGUUGUCCGUGAAUUUGAUUGUGUGGUAUCAAAGCCUAGGUUUAAAUUAAAUACCUAGGAUUUGUUUAGAACUUGGCUAGCCAAUGGAUUAUAGGAACGUGACGGCUCCAAAACGGCGUGGGCGCUCGAGGGGUGGCCAUAAAGAUCAAGGCACUCCUCCAAUCCCAACUGCUUGCCCCUUUGCCCAAGCUACUCCUCAAGAGGAAGGGAUGAGUAACCCUCAAAUGGCCACUUUUGUUCAAGAAUUUAUGGCGGAGAUGAGAGGCCAAGCAUCUUCUGCCACAAGUGUGCCACCUCCAUCCCUAGUGGUUUCCACUCCUAUGGUCCCUGCUCCUAUAUCUUCUACUCCUGCAGUGCCUAGCUGGAAGGUGGGGUCAUGGAUUACCGAGGUGGAGAAGGGAUUUCGCCUAUUGAAGAUUUCUGAUGACCUUAAGGUCGAUGUGGGCAGUUAUAUGCUUACGGAUGAAGCAUUGACUUGGUGGGAGAGUUACUUGAAGCUACACCAAGGAGAGCCUGAAUUGAGCACCUAUGAUGAUCUUAAACAAGGGUCACGUACUAUUGAGCAAUACAAGAAGGAGUUUGACCGUUAUCUGCCUUUUGUGGGUAGUAAAGUCGGGGAUGAGCAAGCCAAAGCUGAUAGAUUUUUAUGGGGCUUGAAUCCUGCCAUCUAUCUAGCAGUGAAUCAAUUCAAACUCGCCUUUUAUAGAGAGGCGGCAGACAGAGCCAUAAAUCAGGAGAAGGCUAUGGCUAGAGUCAAGACACCAGACCCGCAUAAAUCUGACACUAGCAAAGGUUCUAAAGAGCUAAGGGUUGCCAAGACUGUGGGUCAGGCAUCAGCAACCCAGCGUAUUCAUCCUGCUCCACCUAUUUGCCACACUUGUGGAAGAGUUGGGCACACUCGCGACCAAUGUCACAUUACUACUAGGGCUUGCUUUAGAUGUGGCAAGCAGGGACAUCGAGUUGCUAAUUGCCCGCAGCCGGACCCCAAAGCUCAGAAUACUUAAUCUACAUCUCAGCAGGGUUCUACUAAUCAUGUAAUACCCCAAAAAAAUUUCAAGCACAUU